UUCUCGUAAAAGACGACCUUCUUUCUCCCAUGAUGGUGACCUAUUCUUGAGUGGACUACGAGAUGAUGAGCAAAUGAAUGAAUGCAACGCUGCAUUGGUACUAAUGAGUUUAUCGGGAUCACCACACUCACCUCGUCCUUGGAUGCUUGGGUCAAGUCCUGCUAGCAACAGCAGCGGUUCCUGGACUUCAUGCAGCGACGAAUUGACUGAAGAAAGUGUAGUUGCGCCACCCCAGAAUCAAAAUCACGGUUCCGCAAAUGCAGUAGAGGCCUAUAACAUAAGUGUGAAGCCUCUACAAUACAGCUUGAGCAAUCAUCCGAAAUUUCAAACAAAUCGUUUGCGAACAGCUUCAUUAUCUACAUCUGACGAAGGCAUCGUCAUGGACUAUAAUGAUGAAACACCAAGAAAACGUCGAAUCAACACUACUCUUUUUAAAUGCACCUGGAAAAAGUGUAAUGUGAUACACAAAACUGUUGACGAAAUUGAAAAUCAUGUUCGUGAAGCUCAUCUUGGAAUGCAAAAAUCACGAAAUGCUGAUGCCGAUGAUAACUCGGAGGAGGAUGACGAUUUUGAUGACGAUUUAAGUGAUGAUGCCGUUCCAGAUGAGGCGUUUUAUUACACGGAAAUAGAAGCUGAAAUUGAAACUGAAGAUACUGAUAUAAAAUCUCCCAAUCCUCCGUCGCCACCAACGUUAAGCCAUCGCGAUAUGGCACGACCGCCACAUGAAGAUCCAGAAUAUCAGAGACGUUUAGUUGGAAAUAUGAGACAAGGAUUGUUAACAAUGUCUCAGUCUUCUGUUAAACCUCCGCUGCCCAAUACGGCAGGAGCUAUCAAUAUUCCGAAUUCCCCAUUGGCUCACCACAACUAUACAUGGGCACAACAAAAUUCGUUGUCACCACAAAAGCACGUGCGUCUAUCGCCACGUCCAUCCACUUCAUAUGCGCCAUAUCCUUCGCCAACGUAUACGAGUGCAAUUGCCGCUGCUCAGCAUAAUGUUAAUGUGGCUUUGGGGCUACCAAAUUCAUAUAACGGCCCAUCGGCAUCAAAUAACAUUCGUGCAUCGGGCAGUAUUACUAUUCUCAAUAGUAAUAACAACUCUUCGAUUCACCAUUCACAAUCCUUGCAUACUGCUAAUCAUUUGCAACAGCCACAACAUUCGGAUAUUCUGAAUUUGUCUCACAGUGCACCAACUUCAUCUGCCACUUCAGUUAUUCAUCGAUCACAACUUUCACCAAAUCGACGGCCAAGGGGAGAAAAUAAAAAGUGUCGAAAGCAGUAUGGCAUGGAGAAAAAGGAAUUAUGGUGUACACAGUGCAAAUGGAAAAAAGCUUGCAGCCGUUUCGGCGACUGAAAACGACCGAAAUCGUCAUCCAUGACGAAGCCGAUGACGAUUAUCUCACGUAUUCAAAUAUAAAAUAUAAAUAUAAAUCGUUUAGAUUGUAAACAAAAUAGAAACACUUUAUUAUCGUAUAGUUUUGAGUUUCGAUGAGAUCUUUUAUUCAAAUGAUAAAAGGUGUGAAAAUAUUUCAUCGACAAUCUCGACGAACAAAUCUUUCACUCAUAAAUGUUUAUUACACUCAACGAAAUAACAAAGACAUUAUAUGCUUCGAACUUUUUUCAUGUUUAUUAUUUAGCCGAUUCGAAGUCUGUACAAUUAAAAUCUGAAAUGCAAAAAAAUAAAUGCACGACUAGAUAUGUAAAUUUGUUUGUUCGAGUUUUGUUAUUUAUUUAAGAUAAAAAAAUUCCAAAAUUUAUCAAAUUACUGCUGAGUGUUUUUUUUAAAUAAUAGUAUGGUUUGGAAUCUCGGGGAAAUCAACCACAAUAGUGACAAAUAGUUCGGAACUUUUGGUUUUAAAUAUAUCUGUGUCGUCUGGAGAGUUGCUUUUUCCGAUAUAUCUAAGCAAAUACAUGAUUGAUUUAAGUGAACGCGAAGAACAAUUCUUACUAUAAAGUAUAAACCACAAACCUAAAAAGGAAAAUAAUUCUUGUUUUGUUUCUUCUUCUAUGAAAAAAUGAUAUUUAUUUAGAUUUUAGACUAGUGCUAUUGCAUCGAUAUAGUUUCACAAAAAGACAUUGAACACUUGUAUCACGCUGUCAUUUCGUAUGCAAAAUCUUCGAAAUUAUUGAGGUACCUUUUGGUGAUUACGAGCGGCGCAUUUUCCAACAAAUAAAAGCGUGGCAGCUUUAUCACGUAAAAUAUUCAGAUAAAUGUUUGGUGUGAAAUACAAUUUAAAAACAUGUGGCCAUUUUUUAUAUCCGCCAGUUCAUAAGUGUUGGUUCAUCAUCCUCAUAUAGAAGUUAUUCAUUAAAUAUAUGAAUGCAUAUGACCCAUUCAUAAUGGGAUAAUUUCGAAAAACUUUCCCGAAAGCUAGAAAUUCUAUUUCAAUUUCGAAACACAAAGCAACUUGAAGUGCCAAUAAUGUACAUCAAAGUCAUUAUGAUUAUGAUUAUACCUCAUCAUGAUUUCUCUUAUAUAAUCAUAGAUUUAUUUAACCGUACCUUGAAUGGAUGGGCAUUCCCCUUCUUACUUGACGAAUUUCAUAUGAACUAACAGCGGUGUACUUUUGUCUCAUACUCUUUGUCAAAUUCAAAUAUUUUUCCAAUUGGUCGUGUAUGAAAAUAAUUGAAACAGUUUUGUAUAUGUGGAGGGUGAAGGGACUGUAUUUAAGAGCCACCUGUAGGAACUUACUUGUAAGAACUGACGCAGUUUUUGAGUUUAUAUUUUCAAUGCAAUCUAAUAUAAUUUUAUUUUAAUAAAAUAAACUUGGAAGAAAUAAACAUAGGAGAUAAUUUUAAUUCACACCGUACCAAAAUCAAAUAUUUUCAAUGUAAAAUCAAAGAAAAGCAUUUGAUUUAUCACUAGAACACACCCUAAUUUUUACACAAAAUAAAACGUAAUAAUUAUUUGACGAAAGAAAAGUUUUUAUUUGCACAAAAAGCGACGAAAAUAUAUGCUAGCUGAAAUGAUAUGAUAUCGGCAAAAAUUAUUUCAUUUUUGUGAGUUUGCAAAAUAAAAACAUUUUCUUCUCAUUUUCCGGAAAAAGUUGUCUUAAAAAAAGAAUUUUUUAUUUAACGUUUUUUCAAAACUGGCCAAAAAUAGAAGAAAAAAUACGUCACAACCAGGCCUUGCUUGACACCAAGGAAAUGUUACAACAACAAAUAUAAAGGAAAGAAUACGUUUAAUGUUAUACGUUGUUGAGUGGAUUUUGGGAACUAUUUACUUGUAAUUCAACAAGAAUGUAAGAAAGUGUGUUCAAUGUUUUGUCCUUAGCGCUAGAUUUGCUAUAUUUUCGAGCUAACGAGACCUGGUUGUAACGUUUUUCGUUCUAAUUUUCACUUUACAGUAGGCUUUUUUUAAUAUAAGAUAUCAUUGUAAAGUGUGAAUUCGCCCAAUGUUUGCUGAUUCCUUCUUGGUUUGCCUUCAAACUGAAUCACACUCGAUCAGACAGAGGAAGAACAUUUAUAUCAAGUAUGAAUGUCGGUUCUGCCGCAACACUCGUCGGCAAGUGUUGUCGUUCUAAGACGACAAUCAUAAUACGUUGAACGACUUCACAGGCAUACACGUACUCUUCAGCGUAGUACACUUUAAAUGUACUUUCUGCGGCGCAAGUGAAUUAACGGGCCCUGCCAUUUUUACAAACACAUUUGACCAUACGCAUGCAUGGUGCUAACAAUACAAAGUAUAACAAUAACAUGAUUUUAAAGACAAAUAUUUUGUAUUUUUUGUGUCAUUAAGCGCCGCUUAAUAGGCAGACGACUAUGUGGUCCCCAUUAAACACACUCACUACAUUUGGUUACAUUCAUUCCGUGAGUUUCAUUUGUUUCAGUAAUGUGUCGCUAUUGUACAACUAUCAAACUCUCGAUGCAUUUGAUACUGUUUCCUCUGUCUGUAAAAAAUAUUCAACAUGGAUUUGAUCUAAUAUUUUCUAAUAUUUCAUACCGCCAUCACACCAGACGUCAAAAAUAGGCUUAUCAAACAUUUUCAACACAAAAGCAAUAAACAAUGAUCGAUCAAAUACCUGUUUGACGUUUGGUUCGAAUGCGGACAUCCAUUGAAAAUGUUCAUUCAAAUUCAUAUUUUGCAUCUAAGUGUGAACGCGUCUUUGAUUAAAUAUAAGCAAUUAAAAUUAUUCAUAUUUAAUAAAAAAAAAUAUUCAACCAUGUUGUUCAUGUGCUACUUUUCCCAGAUUUAGAUCUAGUUGGCAGAAAUUUUAACUGUAAAAAUGGAAAAUACUUCCCGUAAAUUCGAGUUUUCGUUCUAUAUAUUUUAUUAUAAUAGUUGUGAAUACAUAUAUAUAUGUAAUGAUAUUUAUUCGUCUAACCACAAUACAAUAUGUUAUUUGUAAGAUAAUCAUAAUAAUAAAUUAACAUUUGCGUCGAAAAA